AGUAACCAGAAAAUAAAAUAAAAUAAAAUAAAAUAACCAACAAAAUCCAUUUACUACAAUUCCCGUCUUCUUCCAUCCAAACGCACGAUGAUGCCUUUUCAACAACAACAGGAUGGCACGUUUCCAAACUAUACCAACCUGCAGUUCGGCAACUUCUCGCACGCACAAAGUCUAGCCGGAAAUCUGUCCUUUGCGCCUGAUUUUCACGCCCUUGAUCAAACUGAUCUUAGUUUUGUCAAUCAAAACAAUAAUGCCAAUGCAAAUCCAAACAACCCACCAUCUAUGAUGCAUCCUUCAGGUCCAGUCGGGUUCCAACAACCUUCACAAGCUGUUUUUUCUCCUCAGACAAUGCUUAACUCUCCCAUGCAAAAUACAGCACUCCAGGCACAAUUGCAACACACAAGGUUAUACCAAGGAGGAGGAGAUAUGGGAUCUAUGUCACCACAAACCUUUUUAUAUCAGCAACAACAAGCCAUGGCAAUGAGAGCCAAACAAUCCCCGAGUCAAUCGCCCGCAUUGAACAAUGCCACAUUUCAAAAUGUAGCAAACUCGCCAAUGAUUGUCAACAAUAGCCCAAGCCUAGUUGGAUAUGCAGGUAGAUCAGGAGAGCGUAACAAAAGACAGGGAUCUGAUGAUGGAGCAGUGUCUUCUCCCAUGGUAGCAAGUCAUACUGCUUCUCCAAUGAGCUUUGCUAAUCAGAGUCGCGUUAUCCCGUCGCAAGCCAAUAAUCCAUAUAUGCAAUCUAAUGUUUUUAAUCUCCAGCCUUUGAUGCGCCACGAUCAAAUGGGUAUGCUCCAACCUGGUAUGACGAGUGCUUCGCCGAUGACACCUGGAAGAAAGGCACCUUCAUAUGAUAUGGCACAGACUGGCAUGGAUGAUUUAUUACAGGCACCAAAGCAAUUUGGUGCUGCAUUGCCAACCCACUCAUCACCAAAAGUUAUUGAUAAAAUUGCUGAAAAGGAUGAGGAUGCGACAUUGGUUACAUAUGCUCCCAAGACACGUAAUGUUGAAACGUAUGGCGGUAUAGAUCUCAAAUAUUUUGAUAAAUUUGAAAUCAAGCCUGCUAUUCCUCAUCUUGGCGAACUUGGUGCUGUGGAUAUUCAAGCUCUUAUUAUGUCCCUUAAAUCGGGGAUGAAGAUGGAAGUGGCCAAUGCACUCAAUGUGCUUACAAUGCUGUCAAUUCAACAGCCGUCACUUCCACUCCACCAAUGCGAGGAUUUGUUGGAUCUUCUGUUAGAUAUUCUCGAAAAGGACUUUUUUGGAGAGUCCACACGCUUCCUAAAGACAAAGACUAAGACAAGGUCCAAGUCCAGGUCCAGGUCCAAGUCUAGAACGAAAUCCAAAUCGAAGACUAAAACUAAACCCAAGAUAAACGUAAACCUAAAUGCAAAUGCAAAUGCAAAUGCAAAUGCAAAUGCAAACAUAAACAUAAACCCCGACGACAUUAAAACCGACACGACUCUUGUAAAUUCAAAGCCAAGUGAAAAAUCCAAAGCAGCCGUGAUAGACUUUGACAAGGAAGCAAACUAUGCCGAGCUGUUUGACAUGUCACUUGAUGAGAUGAAGAGUUUGAUACCCGAGCUUGAAGAAAGCACAUCCGAAAUCUGGCUGUCGUUACGUGAGAGAUGCCUCUGUAUUUUCAACCUGUUCCGCAACUUUUCGUUCAUGACGGAGAACGUAGGCUACCUUUCGAAGCACCGACGAUUUGUAACAACCCUGGCACGGAUCGCAAGUUCGCCACGCGAGAAUGAGACCCACGAGGCAUGGUUUGUCGGCAUCCGGCGAAUGGAUACUCUUGACCACCGCAAGACGAUUCUGAUCAUCUUUUCGAAUAUUGCCAUGACGUUUUCUUUGGAUGAAACGACGGGGCCGGCUAUUGUACGCCUGGCACACGAUUUCUUGUUGCACGGACCUGAGACAUAUUAUGCCACACUGGCGAUUGAUUUGUGGGCCAAGAUUGCCGUUAAUUACGGAAACCGAAAGGUACUUUCCCAACUGGUGCUUGAAAAGCAAGAGGAGGACGAGGACGGGGACAGGGACAGGGACAGGGACGGAGAGGAUGGUGAGGACGAGGGUGAAGAGAGGGGAGAUAAGAAAAAGGGUCGAAAGAACGACAGGUUUGAGUUGUUUGUUGAGCUGUGGACCGAGUUGAGUGCCGUGAUUCGACGCGACUUCUUUGCGCCUGAUGGGCGAGUGAUGUUUGCAUUGAACAGUGCGCAGUUGGCGACUUUGGAAAUGGCAAUGAUGGGCCUGUACAAUGUUAUGGUGAUUUCGGAUGACGUGAGCCUUCGCCGGCGUUUGAUUGACAGUGAUAAAAGCGUUCCGAUGAUGAUCCUGAGACUGUGUAUUGCGCUUGCGGAAUCUGGUAACCAGCACUUUGCGGUCGUGACUAAGCGCGGGAUUGAGGUUGUGCGUGGGCUGGUGUGUGGUGGGGACGGAAUGCGCCGACGACCGACGUUGCUGGACUGCGUGGAGAGCGAGGCACCAAAGCCAUGUCUGGGCAGAGGUAUACUUGACAUGGGCUGUUUGCGGGAAAAGCUGAUGCUCGCGACCGUGAAGCCGACAACCGAUCCGGAAAUUCUGCGUGAAUUGUCUGAUUUCGUGACACUGGUAGAUGACGAGAUUGGAGCAUUGUAAAAGAUCAUUUUAUAUAUAUAUUAUAUUAUAUUAUAUUAUAUUAUAUUAUAUUAUAUAUACGCAAACAUACACACCUAAAUAUAUAUAUACACAAACACACAUAGCAAACAUUCAAACACACAAGCACACGUAUACUCACAGCACACUCCCACUUACACUCACCCAAACUCACGCUCACAUAUACAUAUAUACAUAUAUACAUAUAUACAUAUACACAUAUAUAUAUAUAUAUAUCCAUAUUUAUAAUAAUAAAUAAACAAAGACAAUCAACCU